CUCGCCGGCAGCACCAUGUCGUCCAACAUUCGCGUGUCGCUGGACAACCCGUACGGUCAAGUGACCAUCCCCCGCGCCCAUCUGCGCACGUCGACCGACGGCGCCACGGUGAUUGGCAACCCGGCGGCGCUCAACGGCAACGACCCCUACGUGGCCCCGCCGGCGUAUUUGGUGAAGGAAGCGGACGAGGACGGCGCCGGCGGGCGCUGUGCCUGCUGCUACCGCUGCAGGAGGAGGAAGUGAUGUCACUGCGCCGCCGCCGCUGAUUGGCCCCGUGGAUGGACGAUGCCGCCGACUGAAGAGAUGUGAAACGGCCGCAGCUUUGUUAGGCUGACCUACCUGCUAGUAGCUAGCUGCAAACGACUACACGCUAGCGACUGCGGCGCUAACAGCUCGCCACUAACGACUAGUUGCUUCCUGCUAGCCGCUAACACCUAGCUGCUGGGUGCUUGCCCAUAGCAACUGGGCCCUAGCAGCAGACAACAGACAGGCCUCCCUACCUCCCUCCCUCCCUCCCGUUAAUGCAAAGAAAAUGAAAGACUGAAUGUGUCACUUGGUGUUCUUUCGCCAUCCAAAUAUUGAUUUUACGAUGUUGGAAUGUUUUCAGUGUUUUUAUCAGGACUUGACUGAUUAACUGGCUGGCUGGCUGGAGAAGCUUAUUGGAUGAUAUGACCUCAAAAUUGUAUUCUUGAUGUUGCGAUUGUUUCUUUACACACAACACUUUACCCCCCCCCCCCCCCCCCACACACACACACAUUAACACACAUGAUAUAAUACAAUACAAGACAAAGGACAUUUUGUCCACUUGGCCGAGUACAAGACUAAAAGUCCAAAUCCUUCAAGUGAUGGGUUUGUCAUUCAUCUUUGUCAAAGAAGUUAUUGAACAGAAUGAACGAGCUAUUUGUUUGCUGAAUCGAUGGAUGAUGUUGUGAACGGCGUUCUGCCAGACAGAAACAUCUGCAGCGCGCAUCAGCGUUCCUCGCGACCGUUCAAGGAUGUCACAACGGGCUCAUCGAGUUGGUCUUACAGGGAAGCCCAAUUUCAGUCGCCCUUAUUGAUCCCAGUCUACACGUGUCCGCUAACAGAUGGGAUGCGUCUACCGACAAAUGCAAUUGGGAUCAAUUGGGAAAAGGAUCAACUUGCGAGGCCAACUGCGUCCGAUCACAGGCGACGCAAGCCCCUGUUGCCCCGGUUGCUCGGCAACCGCCGCUUACGAGCGCAACCUGAGAAGCGGCGGCCAACGGAAAGAAACUCCUUGAAUAUUUCAUCCAAGCGGCGUGACGGCGAGCGAAUGAGCAGGAUCCCGCCGCCACCGCCGAAACGGCUAGGAUGUGACAUCACCCGCUCAUCAGCAUGUCCAGCGAAGCCGAAGAGGCGGGUGGCGGCGGAGGCAGCCCGGCGGCGGCGGCGGCGGAGGCAGCCCUGCGGUGCAUCGUGUGUUUCGGGCGCUAUGACCUGGCGGCGCGGCUGCCGCGGCGACUGCACUGCGGCCACACCUUCUGCCAGGCGUGCGUGAAGCGACUGGACGCCGUCAUCAACGAGCAGGUAUGGAUCCCGUGUCCUCAGUGUCGCCAGAACACGCCCCGUCCCCGGGGGGGAGCCGCCGCACUGGACCUGGACUUGACCUGCUUCCUGGCCCUCAAGACGCACGCCCACUCUGCCCCUUGCGUCGCCGAGACGUCGUCCAGCGGCGAGGGGACGGCGGCGGCCGGGAAGAGCGCUUGGGCGGGGAAGGACGCAGCCGGCGCCGAGGCGUGGUCGCACGGGGGCCUCGCCCAGCCACGCUUUCAAAGCCACGGCGAGUGCUGCAAGCCGCUUUCCUAUUGGCUGUGCUGCUGCUGCUGCCGCAUGGGGCGGGGCUAAAGCAAGGGGCGGGGUCAGACCAGCAUUGAGACCGUUCAAAUGGACCUGAUCUUACCGCACGCUAACUUGACUUGAACUCCAAGCCCCGAUCGGCUUUCACAUUGACAGCGCACGGCCGGACUUCCGAUUGCAAAUAAAUCUAUUGAAUGAGA